GACCUCAUAACGUGGACGAGGAUAGACGUGCAUCGAUAGAGCUCUACAACAAAGUGUUGAAAGCGAAUUGUGGUGGAACAAUGGCACGGUCCAUUGCAUAGCGCUAGUGUUCUAAAUUGCAGACAUAAAAGUGAGGUUAGGAAAGUUUCAAUCACGUGGUGGAAAUGGCAGACACAAAAGUACGAGUCAACACGCUGAAGUUUUCCUUCGGUCGUGACUCAUCGGAACCAACGGAUGCGGAAAUGUUUGAAUUCUGUCGGGAGCGACGAUUCAAUCCGGAGGAGAUCUACUCGAUCCACAAGGAAAAGGAUUCAAUGGCGAUUUUCGUAAAGUUCAAAAGUGAGAGCUUCAUGAAGCGGGUGCUGCGAAACACGCAGCCGGUGUUAACGUUCAAUUACGCAAACGGUAAUGCGGCCAGUGUGACGGUAUCGGAAGCAGACAACUCGUUCAAAUAUGUGAGGGUUUUCAAUCUCCCCCCGGAGAUAGAGGAGAAGGAAAUUUACCAGGCGUUAUCACCGUACGGCAUCAUCAGGCAGCAGGUUCGCGAAAAGUACCACCCAAGUACGGGAUUUCCCGUGUUUUCAACAGUAAGAGGGCUGUAUAUGGAGGUUACGAGAGAGAUCCCACCUCAAAUCAGGAUUCGACACUUCCAAGCCAGGAUUUAUCAUGACGGAAUGGUCAAUAAAUGCUUCCUCUGCAAAAGCACGGAGCAUGUUAAGGCAAACUGCCCGAAAAGGAACGUCGCGCAAUCUUCAGUGCAAGGUAGGUUGUACAGCGAUAUUGUUGAGGCCCGUGAUCUUCGUCCGGAUUUCGCCAAGCGCAUGGAAGAAAGCCAACUCGAAUGUCAAAUGACAGUACUCAGGAAGCAAUCAGAACCGGUGCAGUCAGAGCAAUGUGCCUCCGGAUCGAACAUGAACGGAACUGAAGAAAACGUUGUCACUGAGAGCAGUAUUACUGAACAGAGAGAAGUCGGAGCAGGGAAGCAGACACCAGCAGUCACAUCGGAAGAACCAUUACCAUUGGUACAAGGCCACGGCGUACCGAUUGAUGUCGAUAGUCAGCAAUCGGAUGAGCAGGAUCAGUCAUCAAAUCAGCAACCCUUCGUAGAACAGAAGACGAAGAAGCGAGGAAGGAAGAAGAACCGUAGCGACAAAGACGAAUCUUCGAAUGAUUCGGAUCCCGAAACCAUCAGAGUCCCUGGAAGCGUAUCUCUGCUGGAGGCUCAGCAGAGAAGAACAAGAAGCAGUAGUAAGCAACCCCGAAUUGAUCAGGCUGACACGAGCACCGAUGAUCAACUCGGAGCAGUAAGUAAGACAUCACAGCGUAAGUAAAAACGAACUAAAAUGACCUAUUCGAAGAAAAUUGCGACGAUCAACUUGAACAGUAUUAGAACAGACGUUAACAAGUCAUUGCUUAGGGAUUUUAUAAUCAAUGAGAAUCUAGAUUUCGUUUUUCUUCAGGAAGUCUUGUUCGAAGACUUUUCUUUCAUUAACACACACAGAGCAUUUGUUAACAUCAGUGAUCAGGACAAAGGGACAGCAGUUCUUAUACGAAGAAAUCAAGGGUUUAGAAGUGUGAUUUAUGAUCCAAGUGGGAGAAUUCUGUCAAUCGUUUGUGAUGAUAUGAACUUGAUUAAUGUGUAUGCGCAUUCAGGGACUAACAAAAAGCGGGAAAGAGAUGAGUUGUUCAGGAAUCAUAUGACGGCGCAUGUAGUGAAGGGAAAUAAUUUGCACACCAUAAUUGGGGGAGAUUUUAACUGCAUUCUUAACAAGCGGGAUAGCCGUAGUGCAAUUGCCAAUAUGAGUAAUGGACUAAGAGAUUUGACUAAGAACCUGCAACUUAAAGAUGUUGAAAGUGAGUUGAAAGGCUCCAACACUGAAUUCACCUUUUUCAGAGCUGAUGCAGCAUCCCGUUUAGACAGGUUUUAUGCCUCUCCAAGUUUUUUAGCAAAUGUGCGUAGUAUACAA